AUGGGUGUUGACCCUCUGUCCCCAAUUGCGCCUGUGCGCCUCAGGGCCCUCCUCCUUCCCAUCGGCAAGAUCAAGCGCUCGCGCUUUUUGAGCUUCGCUGCUCGACUACAAGCUGAAAACGUAGUUCGACUAGGAGAUAUUAGUCCCGAUGCGCGGCCAAAUAGAAACAUGUUCUCGCCGCUGGCAUUUCCCACCGGAUUGAUCCUUUAUGACCUCUCCUUCUCGGUCCCGCCGACCUCACAUCUUGAACUAUUUCCUUUUGAGCUAUACAGAGAGCCAUUAGUGAUCAUUGCCAUUGCAGAUGGGUCUGAACUGCCUGAGAGCAGUGGCGACGAGCAGAAUCACCCCACUCCAGAGGGACUAGAUCAAUUAUUGGAAGAACUGGACGGAGUAAAGGAAAGGAAUCCACGUGCUUUGGUAAACCAACUCUUGGUCUUUGAUCAUCCUGGCUUGGAUAAGAUCACGAAUGGACCGGAUAAUGUCCUUUGGGUUCCUCCGCCCCAGGUCUCCAAGGCCACGACAAUGAAAACAGUUCUCUGCGAUAUUACGUCGGUUUUACUUUCCGAAAUGGAUGAGUUCGCGAAGACCAUUCAAAGCAUACCCUCAAUCGAGUCGCCUAAGGCUUCCUCAUGGGGCCCGCACAGAAACCCAGAACUACGGCCACGGCCAGUGGACCGACUCUUGAACCGUAUGACCCUACCCGCACAGCUACCAUCGAGUCCGAACGGAACACGGGAUGGAACUCCAUUAAGCUCCAACGCCAGCUCCCCAGCCCCUAGCGAUCAUGAGACUCCCACUACGUUUGAUGAGAUCACUCGGGCGAUCCACCUAUCCAGUCGUACAAACUCGGGCAGAUCACCUUCAAUAUCAUCCCCGAAGGAACAUAGCCGUGACCGGAUGUCUGUCAGCGGCAUGAGUGCUACUGACAGAACUAAGAACCGGAUCAAGGGUCGUGCCGGGGUGAUUAUUGGAACUCUUUUCCUGCAGGCGGGAAGAUGGCCAGAUGCCCUCAAGGAACUGACCGAAGCGGUCAAUAAUGCCCGAGCAAGCAGCGACUACAUUUGGCACGCUAAAGCGCUCGAAACAAUUCUUCUUUGUCUGCUGAUGUUUGGAUGGGCAGGCAUGGAUUUCCAGAUUCCAUCAGUCUUGUACCCCGUUGCAGACAAAUCUUCCAAGCCUUCCCGUGACUCAACGACCCCUAGUAGCGCUGGGAAUAGGGUUAUCUCUCUACAGAACCUAGCAAAUCUCCUACCCGAUCUCUCAAACAACAUCUUAAAUCUUUAUACCCGCGCCGCAAACAUCACAGAUGAACCUCUCCCCCAGCUAGUGUUUUCGGAGACGGUGAUUCGUUUAGCACGUCUAAUGGUGUCAGCUCGUGUUCGCGAUGGAGCUUUGGAUGACAAUGCUUUGAAGCAUAUCGUGAUGAAUGAACACUUGGUUCCAUUGCUCCAACUUGAGCUUCCCCGGGGAACUGUUUUACUCCGAAAGUCUGAAAUUGCCAACUUCUUAUACCGGGCUUUGCCGCUUGCCCCUGGUGCGGGCCUACCUGCGACUGAUGCUGUUCCCAUCAUUGUUGGCGUUGUUGCUGUUCUUAACAUACUUGACCUCCCUAGGAAGAAAGCAUUCAUUCUUCGUGAGCUUCUUUCAGUGAUGGUGCCGAGCCUAGUACAAGCACGCAAAAUUGGUGCCGCGGAGGUGGGAAUUCAUCCCGCCGCCGGGUUAGCGUCUCUCAGUGAUACCGCAUUUGAUGUCAAUGCUCUAGACACAGGCCCAGGCAAUAUGGAGUCAAGUGUGCGUCUCCUUCUUGCGACUAUUGGAGAAAUCUACGGAGUUCAGCCUUCAUCAUUCUCGGAGUGGGAGAACAGACAAAGACAAUCUGGUGUGAGCGAGUCUGAGAGUACUGAGUAUGAUUCGGUCGCUAGUAUUGCCGAGCGAGCAUUCCGACAUGUAGUUCUUGAUCGUUACGGUGAUCUGAAUUUGAAAAUCGAUGUCUUGAAGGCAUGCAUCAACUGCUGCGAAGCCCUCCCAGAUUUUAAUGGAGUUCUCCGUUUCACAGUUGAGCUUUUGCAGACUAUUCGGGGAGAUAUGAUGCUGGGCGAAGGAUACAAGUCCCCGCCGUAUUUACCACAAGAUGAACAAGUCCGUCUUCUGAAUAACAUCAAGCGCACCGUGGGCGCAGGCACUAGACUAGGUGUUUCUGAUAUGGUCGCGGAGUACUGGGAUGAUUUCCUAGUACGCGAUGUCCAGUUAUUGUCACUCCCAGAUCCUAAAAGGCCCGUUCGACGGUCUAAAACGGAAUUGGAUGCGGUUACCACAAGUUCGGACAAAGUAAAGAAGGAUCCGUUCUUGUACAACCCCUUCGCAAAACCUACUAGCAAGGCAUUGGAAAUGCUCACUGUGGCUGAUGAACCUGCAUCGUUCCAAGUGACUCUCCAAAACCCAUACGAAUUUGAGAUUGAGAUUGAACAUUUGCGCUUAGAGAGCAGUGGUGUAUCGUUUGAUGCAGUGGCAGAGAACUUUGCCAUCCCUCCCCUGUCUGUGCAGGCCGUCACUGUUCUCGGCGUCGCCCAUGGGGAAGGCAGCCUUCAGAUCACGGGAUGUAUUGUGAAAGUACGACACUGUCGAACGCGAAGGUUCCCCAUCUUUAAGACAUUCUGGAAACCUGAGCCUGAGGUCAAGAUUAAGCGAACUGGCCUGGGGGCAAAGAAGCCUCUUACGGAGCGCCCAAUUUCCUGGGCCUCAACGACCUCGAAGGACGGCAAAGUUGAUGUUAAGAAAGGUCCUGAAACGUCAACAUGUGAAGUUAAGGUCAUUGCCAAACAACCGUCACUUGUCAUCGAAUCUAUGUCUCUCUCACAAUCAGCGAUGAUGGUCCUUGAAGGGGAAGUCAAAACUUUCACCGUUACACUUCAAAAUUCCUCUUCGUGCCCCGUGGACUUUGUCCUAUUCACCUUCCAAGAUUCAACCACCAAACAGCUACAGUCUGCACUGAGUAACAAAGAUCUAUUACCAGUCGAGAUCUACGAGCUGGAGCUCAAAUUAGCAACUAAGCCCGCUUUGCGAUGGCGCCGGCAGGGCCAGGACCCCAGCGAUUGUUCCAUUGCAGCAGGCCAGAAGGCAACCUUUACCGUUGACGUUCUCGGAAAGCCUGGUUUGCAGGACACAACAGUCCAGAUCGACUACUCCUGCGUUGGGGCAGCCCCGGGCGAAUUGCCUGAUAUAUUCUAUACCCGACAACUGUUCGUACCGUUGACAGUCACAGUUAACGCGAGCGUGGAAGUUGCGCGCUGUGAUAUUCUUCCGUUCACUGGUGACUUUGCCUGGAAAAACCAGAUUGAACCCGUUGACUCUAUACAAAAGCCAGAUGGCGUAUUCUCCGCUACUGAGAAUGAUCCUUUCUCGGAAAUACUUGGGCGUCUCGGCAAUGGGGCUUAUGGACCUGAUCAUUGUGUCGUAUUGCUUGACCUGCGCAACGCCUGGCCAAGUCCUCUCUCGGUGUGGUUGCGCGUAAGCGAACAAACAAUGGCAACUCUCCCGCCGGAUGCGACGACCAAGGAUGACCUCGAGGGCAAGUACUCUGUCGAUGGAGAGCUCCAGCCCGGCCAGGUUUCUCGCUUUGUUCUGGUUUUGCCUCGCGUCUACUUGGACAACCCACAUGCCUCUAUCCCUGUCGUCAACACCGGUACUCGGAGGCAAUUCGUCGUCAGCGCCAACAAGCUGUCCUUCGAAGCCGAGGCGGCCUCGCGCGAAGCCUUCUGGUUCCGGGAAGAGCUUCUCAAGAGAGUUCUCGGAGGCUGGAAGGAACUUUCCACAGGCCGUGAGGGAUCUAUUGACCUCCGAAACAUCCGAUUGAACAAUCGUAUGGUUGAAGCCAUGCGCCUGGAAGACGUCGAAAUGCGAUUCUCUUUACCCUCAUCAUCGUCUUCACCCGAGACAUCUAACGCAGUGGAACAAACGGGCCGCUCACGCUUCCGCAUCAAGACAGAUGACCUACUCACCUUAAAUAUCACUGUCCACAAUCGCUCCUCUCGCUCCAUCCACCCCCUCCUCCGGCUCCAACCUAGUCUCCGCCACCAACCAAACAAUAUCGCCCUAGAUCUAACCCGUCGUCUUGUGUGGACCGGGAUGUUGCAACAGGCGCUCCCUAUCCUGCCAAGUGGCGAGUCGACCACCGCCUCCAUCGGCGUCACAGUCCUCUGUCGUGGCGAAUAUGAGUUCGGCGCUAGUGUCGAGGAAGCCCGACUCCUGCGUCCGUCUUUCGAUGAUGAUGGUGCAACCGAGGAUUCGGCUACUCCCCGCUACAACGAUGAUGGCAUCAUGGAUACAUUUGGUGCGGACGUGGUACGGCGGCGACGCAUUUGGCAUGCCAAGGAGUUGUGUAUCAUCCAUGCAAGUGAUGCAUGA